AUGCAGAUCCAGUCCGCCCUCGUCUCCCUCGCCCUCGUCGCCGGCACGGCCUCGGCCUACGAGCACGUCUACACCAACGGCACCUUCACCAUCACCAAAGUUUGGGACGCCGUCACGACCUACUGCCCUCAGCCCACCACCCUCUGCUUCAACAACCGCACCUACACCAUUGAGCAGCCCACCACCUUCAUCAUCCCCGACUGCCCCUGCACCCAGACCUACUGCUCCGAGUGCCAACACCCAACCGGCUACGUCGUCCCCAACCCUCCUGCUCAAACCGGCACCGGCGACGUGCCCCCCGCCGUCCCCACCCAGACCGGCCUCAUCACCUGCCCCGGCAGCCCCUACUGCCCUCCCGGUGCCUCGGGCUCCAUCCUGCCCCCCGCUCAGACCGGCAGUGCCGGCCUCGUUUGCCCCGGUAGCCCCGACUGCCCUCCCGCUGCCUCUGGCGGUGCUGGUGGUGGUUCCGGCGGUGGUUCCGGCGGUGCUGGUGGUGCCGGUGGUGCGUCUGGCGGUGCCGCCACCCCCAGCCAGACCGGCUCCAGCACCGCCGCGGGCGGCGCAGGCGGCAGCGGCGGCGCCAAGCCUUCCACCGUUGUCGUCGCCGGUGCCGAGAAGAACGUCGCUGCUGCUGGCGUUGCUCUCGUUGCUGGUUUCGUUGCCGUUUUGGCUCUGUAA